CAUAACAGGAAGUAUGAAACAUUUGCAGUAACGUUGACGUUCAGGAGGGCAGCAGGGGAGGGAAAUAAUGAGUUAGCAGUAAAGCAGUGUACCAGAAAAAAACGCCUACCCCUGUUAGCGUCCAUGGACAACGCCCAGGGACAACACAUUCGAAUGUGGAUCACAUAAACCUAUUGGGUGACACGACAAUUUCUACCGGUUGGCUGCUCUCCUAUGAUGGAACGGGCGAUGGAGCAGCUUAACGUACAGCUCAACCGGCUGACCCGCUCCCUCCGCCGGGCCAGGACUGUGGAACUCCCCGAAGACAAUGAAACUGCAGUAUACACACUUAUGCCCAUGGUGAUGGCUGACCAGCACAGAUCAGUAUCAGAGUUGCUGCUCAACUCCAAGUUUGAUGUCAACUAUGCAUUCGGACGAGUGAAGAGAAGCCUGCUUCAUAUUGCUGCCAACUGUGGGUCAGUGGAGUGUCUUGUUCUGCUGCUGAAGAGGGGUGCCAAUCCAAAUUACCAGGACAUCUCAGGCUGCACCCCACUGCACCUUGCAGCAAGGAAUGGACAGAAGAAAUGUAUGGGCAAACUACUGGAAUAUAAUGCUGAUGUCAACAUUUGCAACAAUGAGGGACUGACCGCUAUUCAUUGGUUGGCAGUGAAUGGGAGGACUGAACUCCUCCACGAUCUGGUCCAACAUGUGUCCAACGUUGAUGUCGAGGAUGCCAUGGGACAGACAGCAUUGCAUGUAGCUUGUCAGAACGGACACAAAACUACGGUGUUGUGUCUGCUGGACAGUGGCGCUGACAUCAACCGACCAAACGUCUCCGGCGCCACACCCCUUUACUUUGCCUGCAGUCAUGGCCAAAGAGACACAGCACAGAUCCUGCUUUCUCGAGGAGCCAAAUACCUUGCUGACAAGAAUGGGAUCACUCCUCUUGAUCUGUGUGUCCAGGGAGGAUACGGGGAGACCUGCGAGAUUCUCAUUCAGCACCAUGGCAGACUCUUCCAGAUCCUCAUUCAGAUGACACAGAAUGAUGACAUAAAAGAGAAUAUGCUCCGGCAGGUUCUGGAGCACGUUUCUCAGCAGAGUGACAGUAAUUAUCAGAGGAUCUUGACAAGUUUGGCUGAAGUUGCCACCACUAACGGACACAAGCUGCUCAGCCUAUCCAGCAGCUAUGACGCUCAGAUGAAGAGUCUCCUGAGGAUUGUUCGCAUUUUCUGCCAUGUAUUCCGCUUGGGACCUUCAUCGCCCAAUAAUGGCAACGAUAUGGGCUACAACGGCAACAAGACCCCUCGUAGUCAGGUCUUUAAGAUGCGUAUGAGACAAGCAGAGGCUAUACCAAAAGACAAGUGCUCUUCGACAGCUUCUGCUGUAUUUUACCCGUUGGAGCUGCUUUGGCACUCGCUGGACGAGUGGCUGGUGCUGAUCUCCACUGAGCUGGACAGAAACAGGAAGAACCCUUCUUUCACAUCUUCCAGCAGCGAGAUAGCCUCUCUGAUUCUCAAACAGCGGGAGGUCGAUCACUCUGGCACCACACCAAAGCUCCCCACCUCACUGGACCCUCAGAUUGUCAUGGAAACGGAGGUGUACGCCGACGGAGAGGAUGUUAUCUCCAUGACAGCCAAUCGUCUCAGCGCCGUGAUCCAGGCCUUCUACAUGUGCUGCUCCUGCCAGAUGCCACAAGGAAUGACAUCCCCUCACUUCAUUGAGUUUGUCUGCAAGCAUGACGAGGUGCUGAAGUGUUUUGUAAACAGAAAUCCAAAGAUCAUCUUUAACCACUUCCACUUCCUGCUGGAGUGUCCCGAGCUGAUGUCACGCUUCAUGCACAUCAUUAAGGGCCAGCCCUUCAAGGAUCGGUGUGAGUGGUUCUACGAGCAUCUUCUUGCUGGUCAGCCGGACUCAGACAUGGUUCAUCGCCCGGUCAAUGAGAGCGAUAUCCUACUCAUCCACAGAGACUCAAUAUUUCGAAGCAGCUGUGAAAUGGUUUCCAAGUCUACCAAUGAGAAACUGAAGCAAGGGAUUGCAGUCCGCUUCCACGGCGAGGAAGGGAUGGGUCAAGGUGUUGUUCGAGAGUGGUUUGACAUCUUGUCUAAUGAGAUAAUCAAUCCAGACUACGCUCUCUUCACUCAGUCAGCUGACGGUACAACUUUCCAGCCCAACAGUAACUCCUCAGUGAACCCAGACCACCUGAACUACUUCCGGUUUGCGGGCCAAAUCUUGGGUCUGGCUCUGUAUCACAGGCAGCUGGUCAAUAUCUAUUUCACCCGCUCCUUCUACAAGCACAUCCUGGGUAUCCCAGUGAACUACCAAGAUGUGUCAUCCAUUGAUCCAGAGUAUGCCAAAAACCUGCAGUGGAUCCUGGACAAUGACAUCAGUGAUUUGGGUCUGGAGCUCACCUUCUCUGUGGAGACUGAUGUAUUUGGUGCCAUGGAGGAAGUGCCUCUCAAACCAGGAGGCACGGGCAUUGUUGUGACUCAGGAUAAUAAGGAUGAGUAUGUCCAGCUUGUGACAGAGCUAAGAAUGACACGGGCCAUCCAGCCACAGAUAAACGCCUUCCUGCAAGGAUUCCACACUUUCAUCCCGCCCUCACUCAUCCAGCUUUUUGAUGAAUAUGAAUUGGAGCUCCUACUGUCAGGGAUGCCAGAGAUCGAUGUGCAGGAUUGGUGCAGGAACACCGAGUACACCAGUGGCUACGAACCCCAGGAGCCAGUCAUCCAGUGGUUUUGGGAAGUCGUGAGAAGCCUAACCCAGGAGGAACGAGUUCUGAUGCUUCAGUUUGUCACUGGAAGUUCCAGAGUUCCUCAUGGUGGCUUCGCCUAUCUAAUGGGUGGCAGCGGUUUACAGAAGUUCACCAUAGCUGCAGUGCCAUACACCUCCAACCUUCUUCCUACCUCCAGUACCUGUAUCAACAUGCUGAAACUCCCGGAAUAUCCCAGCCAGGAGAUUCUAAGAGAUCGCCUUCUGGUCGCGCUGCACUGUGGGAGUUACGGCUAUACCAUGGCAUAACCAUCCUAUCCUGUUAUACAGCUGGAAAGGUGUGCAGACUCAUACAACUCCCUCCAUUGUUGCUGCUUUUGCUGGACAAAAAAAAAGAAACGUUUUUGUGUGUGUAUGAGAGACACUGGCGAAAAUGAUUUUUUAUUUCCCCCUUUAUAAAGACAGGAAGAGUUCUGAUUUUUAUGAUGGUAGGUUCAUUUUAACAGCAUAUCACAGAUUGGAUAAAUAUUGAAUCUCCUACAAACCAGAAAUAAUUCUCCCCCUCCCACAGAUCAGUGUGUCCAUGAAACACACAAAUGAGUCCUGUAGCCUGGUGACAAAGGGACCACUGGUGGUACAAUAAUUUAAAAAAGCAAAAAAAAAAAAAAAAAUGCAGUCAACUUUGGAGCGCCUGGUGGUGUAAGGGUAAUUCAGAGAAAAUUGAAGGAUCAACUCAGAAUUAUGCAGGCGGGAGCUUGUUAAUGAUAUCGAGGUUUUCAGGAAGACCGUUGCUAAAACACUCUGCUUUCAUGGAAUGAGAUCCAUGCCCGCAAGGCCCAGGUACAGACCCCGUCUGAAGUUCGCCAAUGAACCCCUGAAUGCCUCAGAAGGCAUGGGAGCAUGUAAUGUGGUCAGAUGAGACUAAAAUUGAGCUCUUUGGCAUCCCGGGUCGAUGUGUUCAGAAAAAUGUUGAUGAAAUCAUCAAGAACACCAUCCUUCUUUUCAAGGAUGGAGGUGAAAAAAUUAUAGUUUUGGGCUAAGAGGCUGAAACUUUUGAGUUACCGAGCAACAGCCUCAAAACAUUUAGGUUUUGGAGAGUAUUUAUAAAAAGGAGUGUGCCAGAAUCCCAAAAUAAAUUACAGUAAUGAGUAAUGAUGUUCCGAUCAGUGUUUGAUGCUGACGAUACCGAUCCAAAUAAUCCAUGAGUGAAAUCCACCAAUACGGAUACCAACACCCAUACAUACAUGCAGUGUAAAUGUUUAAAUGGACUACUGGCUAUAUUCGGGGUCACCAAGGUUUUUUUACAAAAUUAAAUUAUUUUAAAUGUUAAAUAUUUAUAAAUAAUAUUUAUAUAAUAAUAUAAAUAAUAUUUAUAAAUAUUUUAAAUUUAUUUUCAUAUCUUAUUUCAAGCCAAACAAAGCCAUUAUGCUUGUUUUACCACAACAUGAACAAAAUGCUGCUAUCCACAACCCAUGUUUUGUAUUUCACAAUUUAUUUCUAGUCUUCUCACAUUAUUAACCAAAAACAUCAAUAAAAAUCCAGGUUUGCACGCCUCUUGGCCGAUACCGAUCGGUGGCUGAUCAAUCGGAUCGACUCCUAGUAAUGGAGUAUACCUGUAUAACUCUUCCCAAGUCGAAUAAACUGGAUAAUAGUAAAUUAUAGUGAUGAUCCGAUCGACUGGGCACCGAUCAGUAUUGACUGUUUUCCAUAAAAAAAAUUGCGUGAGCUGCAUAUACUGAUUAAACGCCACCAACUAUUUUAAUUAGCAAGUUUUAACAGGGUAUUUGAAGAACAACACUUGAUGGAGUAUGGUGAGUUUUGGAGGCUAACGCUCACCCAUGUGUGUGACAGUCAGUAAAAUAAUUUAUGUCUUUCUCAGCGGGAGACACCGGGUUCAUCAAAGUCUGGGUCACGUAAUAAAAGAAGCCCCCUCCCCCCAUUAAUUCAUGACUAAAUUUAUAAGUAAUUAUCUAUUAUUACCUGCUCCGUGGCAGCCAAGGGACCUUAAAAUUGUCCUGACUUUUCCCCUUUUUAUGGCACACCAGAUCAAUAACACUCGUCAUAAAUACAUUUGAAUAUUUAAAUAAAUGUACUGCAACAGAUGUGGAAUGGACGUGGGGGGUAGGAUUAAAUAAGCUUUGCUUUUUCCUACUCCUUUUAAGACAUGUGGAACUGUGAAUUGAAUGAUGUGAUUUAUUACUUUGUAACACGUAUACAUGAUCAAAUUAAAUUAAAUCAUUAUCACUACCAAUUUUAAAAUGUAUAAUUAAUCUAUAUGAUCGGUAUUGGACGAUUUCAGUUCAAUCGGCAUCGGCAGCAUACUGUAAAACCCUGAUCAGAGCAUCCCUAGUAAUGUACUUUUAUCACAAGUUCUGAUAUGUGGGAGUUGCACUCAAAAUCAUUCAUACUUUGUAAAUUAUGCUUUGUGUAAAAUUGAAGUAGUUUACAAUAAACCAACAAAACAAAAAUCAUUGAAAUUUUUAUGUAAGGUAAUUAGUUUACUUAACACACCUAAUAUUCGCAAUUUUUUUUUUUUACCGGCUAUUUAAUGUUUGUACAUUUUGAAAACAAAUUUAAUUUGUAAUAGGAGUUGCAGAAAGAAGCUCCAAUUAAUAAGAAUUUACUACAAUUACUGACUACUACUCCAAAAAUGAAUGGACAAAUAUUGACGUCUUUGUAUGCUGGAAUAUGAACAAUUCAUUCCACUGACCAAAUCUGCGGGAUUUAUGAUUUUAUUAUAUUUUUUGUAUGGCCAUGCUGUCUAAAUGUUUACAUUGUAUCCUGUAUAUAUUUGAACAUUAAUUUAGCAUGGAAAUUUUGCCUUGUUGUGUACUUUUCAAUAUUUUUUAUAUGCGAGUGAUUUUGUAAUUAUUUUAGAUGAACAUGAGCAGGACCACCCUCGGCCAAAUUGGUGCCCAAAGCUGAAUUUUAUUUGGCCUGCCUCGAGCUGAGUGGUCGCCCUAUGCCUCACGGCAGUAAUGUACAUCCUUUGCGCAUUUGCCAAAUAUGCGCCCCCUUGCGCAAAAUGGGUCCCCAGCAUGGAUCGUUGUGGCUUAUGCACAGUGCAUGUUCAGCGUGCAGGAUGAGGGCAGAUCAUAAAUCAUACUUUUCCAGUACAGCUGUGCUUGUUUGUAUCUUGGUCGUUAAGUGUACCACAAAAAAGCUGGAAUGUUUUUUUUUUAAAUUUUUCCAAAAAGGGAUGGGAAUUAUUUCAUAUACUUUCCUUGUUUUCAUUUGAAAUAAAGUGUAAUUAUUGACUAUAUCAUGUUAUUUCUCAGUAUUGCCUUGUUAUCAGAGCCAGCCCAAUCCAAACUGCCCCCCCCUCCCACCAUCGGUGGUUUACACAGUUUGCAAAAUAAAUUAAAUUGUAUUAAAUUUGGCAUUGCUUUCCAUUUUAAUAAUAGUAAUUACUAUUUUUAAUGUAAUUAUAUUUAUUAUUUUUCUCCAAUUUUUUUUUUGGGCACUCCUGGGAACCACAGCGCCUAAUGGGCUAGCCGGCUCUGCUUGUCAUAUUUUGAUGAAUUGUACUUCAUAUGCAUUUCUGUCAAAGUUGUCAAUAUCAAUAUCAUGUAUUUUAU